UAUAUCAUUUGCAAAAUGAUCUUUAUAUAAGCUUAGAUGAAGAAAGACGUACGAUACCACACCCAUUCUGCAUUUUAUUACUUGAUCGAUAUUUUUCAAUUUCCUGUUUUCACGUACUCUCAUUCGUGAACAUGGCUGAAGCACUGGUUGGAGUACUUCUAGAGCGCUUGGCUUCGAUCACAGUUAACAAGGUCGAACAAGAGCUGAAUCUGGUCAUAGGUGUUGACAAAGAAAUUGAAAAUCUCACCCGCACUCUCAAAGCUAUCCAAGCUGUGCUGGAGGAUGCAGAGCAAAGACAAGUUCAGGAUGCCUCUGUCAGACUUUGGCUGAGCAACUUGAAAGAGGUGUCCGACGCAAUUGACGAGGUGUUGGAUGAGUGGAGCUAUGAAAUUCUUAAGCGACAAAUUGUUGAGAAACAACAAGGAGAAGAAGGUGGUGAAAAUGCUCCUGUUGCUAAGAAGAAGGUAUGUUUCUCUAUUCCUUCACCUUGUUGUUGUUCUAGUGGAGUCAAACCAGUAGUUCGUCGUCAUGACAUUGCAAAAAAGAUAAAAGAUCUAAGUGAGUGGCUGGCUUCAAUUGAUGCUGAAAGAAAAACUUAUCAGUUUCAAUAUAUUGAACCUAGAUCUGAAAAACUCAUUAAGCAUCAAAAAACUUCUUCUCUUCUCGACGUAUCAUUUGGUCGAGAAUAUGAAAAAGAGAGUUUAGUAAGCAAGUUACUAGAUGAUGGUGGUGAAGAAGAGAGCGUUCCCCUUAUCAUCCCUAAUGAGGGUAGUGAAAAAGAGGGUGUUCCGGAUAGUGAGGAAGAGAGUGUUCCGGAUAGUGAGGAAGAGAGUGUUCCCUAUAAAAUCCCUAAUGUUCCCUCAAUCAUUCCAAUUGUAGGAAUGGGAGGGAUUGGAAAGACAACUCUUUCUCAACUAGUGUAUAAUGAUAGAAAAGUGAGAGCUCAUUUUGAUAAGAGGAUAUGGAUAUGCGUCUCAGACCCUUUUGAAGAGAUCCAAAUUCUUGCGGCUAUCGCCCAAGGUCUUGAUAUUCCAUAUCACCCCAAAGCAAAUGCGUUGGAAACUUAUUCGCAAUUUAUAUAUGACAGCAUUAAGGAUGUAGAAAAAAAGAAAAGAAAAAUUAAGAAAAAAGAAAAAACAAAAUUUCUCAUAGUCCUAGAUGAUGUAUGGAAUCCAACUGCAUAUCAAUGGGAACAAGUAAUCAAACCUUUGAGCGUGGGUGCUAAAGGGAGUAAAAUAUUGGUGACCACCCGAAUUGAGAAGGUUGCAGUUAUGAUGGGGGUAGCCAAUAACGUCAUCCAUUUGGAAAUGUUGAGUGAAGAAUAUUGCCGAUUGUUGUUCUUUCACUUUGCAUCCAUGGGUAGUAGGGAAAGAAAGGAGACUAGAAUGCUUGAAGUUGGAAAUGAACUUGUAAAGAAGUGUAAGGGUUUGCCACUUGCUGCGAAGACUUUGGGUAGUCUCAUGCGCGGUAAGAAAACAUUGGAAGAAUGGGAAGGUGUUCUGAAUAGUAGGAUAUGGAAAUUAAAAGAGUUUGAGGAAAAUGUCUUUCAGCCGCUAUUACUAAGUUAUUAUGAUCUGGCUCCGACCAUUAGAAGAUGUCUUUUAUAUUGUGCUAUUUUUCCGAAAGACUAUCAAAUGGAUAGAGUUGAUUUGAUUCAUCUAUGGAUGUCACAAGAUUAUCUUAAUGUCAAGGAAAAAACAGAAGACAUUUAUAUGAUAGGGGAAGCAUAUUUUGAAGACUUGGUGAUGCGGUCUUUCUUCCAAGAUUUUAAGCGAGAUGUUGAAGGAAAUAUUAGUUGCUUCAAGAUGCAUGAUAUUGUUCAUGAUUUUGUACAGUAUCUAACAAAUAAUGAAAUUUCGAUUCUCGAUGUCAGGUAUCCUAACAGGAGAUUAGAGCUACCAAAUGCCAAGGUUCAUCAUGUAAACUUAACAUUUGACAAUGAGAGUCUACUUUUUCCUCCUGCAAAUUUGCGUACGGUCAUAUUGGAUGGCUACUGGGGAUAUGGUGCAGAGUCUCUUUUUCAAUUGAAAAGUCUUAGGACGUUGAAAAUGAGUAAAUUUUGGGGUAUUAUUCCGAAUGAGCUGGGGGGAUUGAUACAUCUGAGAUAUCUCAACUUAAGUAACAAUCAUUCGGAGGAAUUACCCGAGAGUAUGUGUGAACUGUACAAUCUGCAAACCUUGAUAGUUGCCGAAAGCAGUGCACUUCAAAGACUACCCCAGGGGGUGGGGAAGCUUAUCAACUUAAGGCAUCUUGAUGUCAGGGGAUGUAUCCGUCUGAGAUUAACAGGGAUUGGGAAAUUAGCUGGUCUGCGGACGGUACUAAGUUGAGGGUUUGAACUAGCUAGAAGAUCUGAAGAACUUGGAGGAUCAUCUUCAAGGGCUUCUAAUCCUAUAGCAAUUUGGGAAGUGGAGAGGAUAGAAUGCAUGCACGCACGAUCUCCUUCAUUUGUAUCUAGGCUUAUGAAGAUAGCCACCAUUUUCCCAAUUAGAUGAUGUCACUCCACAAGCUUAUGAACUAGGCUUCGUCUUGACUCUUGCACAACCGUACUUCAGAUUCAACCCGGUGAUCCCAAUCUCCUCUCGAUCAUCUAGGCGCACUCUUCUCCUUCAUUGAGGCAAUGUCAAGUGAUGAUUACUCCCAAAACCAGUUGGCAAUAAGCAGAGAGAUGAGGACAUUAUGGGUUCUAAUACAAGGCCUGCAUCACCGCAUAAUAUUCAAUAAAACGGUGAAAAGAACUCUUUUCAGGGAAAUCGAAGAUGCCUUGUGGACAGCUCAUCGUGAUAUCGUCAUAUUUGCAUCAUGAAGCACCCUUCUAUGUUGCACGAAACUGGAAUGCCAGAACUCAAAAGUAUGACUCAAUUCAAGAUAAUCCUCAGAGCAGAUUGGCGUGGAACUGCAUGCUGUGUAGUUGUUAUAUGCUGUGUAGUAGGGAAAUGUGCGAUCAGGUUAUUUAAGGGGCCUCUAAUAUUUAUGCAUCAAGUGUAGUCGUCAAACUAAUUGGGUGGUACUUUUGAAUUUCAGACAACUUCAGCUUCUCUUUGAACAAGUAGAAGAACUCUUUUCAGUGGAAUUGAAAGGCCUUGUGGACAGCUUCUCUUGAUAUCAUCAUAUUUUCGAUAUGUGUUUACAGAACUGAGCGGCGUGGAACUGCAUGCUGCUUAGUUGUUAUGAGCUGUGUGGAAGGGAACUGGGAGAUCAGGUUAUUCAAAGGUCCUCAACUAUUUAUGCAUCGAGUGUAGUCGUCAAGUUAAUUGGAUGCUACUUUUGGAAGAUAACCGAACAAUGAUCACCAUCAUGGAAAUUUAACUCGUUCUGGCACCCAUUUGAGUCAUUUACAUAGUGGUAAACCUCAAUUGUGGCGAGAAAUGUGCGGAGGCCCUUCUUAUAAUCCGGAUUCUCAUCUUGUGGCUCCUCCUAUUCUGUUCCCUAAAACGAAAUUCCAAAUCCAGCCACCACCCAGACUAGAGACAUCAAGGGUUUGCUCAUCAAAUUAGACAGAGCUGUUGGCUAUGUAUCAUCUGAUGGUCUAAAGUUUAUAGUGGAUUGUGGCUUCCUUUCAGCUAAAAUGUAGAAAACACUAGUGCCUCAAAGUGACCAUAUGGAGCUUUAUACUCUGCUCAUGUAUUAUAGACACUUACAACAAUGAAGGUUACAAAAUGGGCUAGAACACCUUUCAGUUCAGCCACCAUUACAAAAUCAAAACAAAACAAAACAAAGGACUUUCAUAUAAAACCCAAGCACUCUGUUUUCUGUUCCACAUUAUACCUAAUAAGAAGCAACUAAACCCAAAUCCUGAAUAUGAUCCAACUCCUUUUGGACCUCUAAUUCUGAAAA